AUGUUGUAUCCGAUGAGAAAGAAGAGCGAAGUAACAGAAGCAUUCAUCGGUCUCUACAAUAAACUCAAGGCGAUAACAGGUUUAAACGAGAAUGUUCUGCGUAGCGACAACGGUGGCGAGUACAAGAAUGGAUCGAUGAAAGCGUUCCGCAAGUAUGCCCAUAUCAAGCAAGAAUACAAUGUGCCAUUCAACCCUGAACAGAACGGAAUGGCUGAGCGUAUGAAUCACAAUCUAGUAGAUAUGACGCGCUGCAUGCUAAAGGACGGUAGCUUGGAUAAGUCGGAUUGGUGUGAAGCGAUGCUGACUGCUGCGGACAUUCGCAAUGUAUUGCCGAACGCUUCGCAUCCAGACUCAAGUCUGUUCGAAAUGGAUGAAUUCUACAUGGAUCAACCAGAUAGCUUUGAAAACAAAAAGCAUCCCGAAACGAAGUGUCUGUUACAACGUGCGCUAAAUGGAACGAAGCAAGCUGCACGUCAAUGGAAUGACAAACUGAACACACAUUUGGAAAUAUGGAGCUUGAAAGAUCAAGCGCAGAUGCAUGUAACAAAGAAGAAGAUUAAUGGGAUCAAGCACAAUUUGAAGAAGAUGUUUACCAUAAAGAAGUUAGGCGAGUUAAAGUACUGUCUUGGCAUCGAUAUUCACCGCGAUCGAAUGUGUAAGGCGUUCUUUAUGAAUCAGAAGGGAUACAUCAAUAAAUUCGCGGAAAAGUUCGGUAUGGCAAAAUACAAAGAAGUACAUACACCAGAUAAUAAUAAUUCUAAGUUGGUAAAGAUGCCAGAGGACGAAGUGUUUAUGCCCAAGUUUCCAUUCAUAGAUUUGGUUGGUGCGUUGAUGUAUGUGAUGACAUGCACGCGACCAGACGUUGCACAUGCUGUGGGUGAAGUAGCAAAGUAA